CCGUACCCGGAACACGUCUUCAGGUUGCACAGAAGGAGUGACAGCGGAACCUUUCUUCUCCGCCUGGCUCUUGCUUCCACACGGUCCCAGUUGGCGCCGGACCCAGGAGUGGAGACUUAAACAUGGAUACAGCGGGCGCUGGGACUGGGGAGUCCUCUUCUCAGCUGGAGGCUCCAGGGUCCACCGACGAUCGGCUUUUCCUGGUUAAAGGUGGAAUUUUCCUAGGUACUGUUGCUGCAGCGGGAAUGCUGGCUGGCUUUGUCACAACAUUAUCACUGGCUAAAAAGAAAAGCCCUGAAUGGUUCAAUAAGGGAAGUAUGGCCACAGCUGCCUUACCGGAGAGUGGGUCUUCCCUUGCCUUGCGAGCUCUGGGCUGGGGCUCGCUUUACGCAUGGUGUGGGGUUGGUGUGAUCAGCUUUGCAGUCUGGAAAGCUUUAGGAGUUCACAGUAUGAAAGACUUUCGAAGUAAAAUGCAAUCAAUAUUUCCAACGAUUCCCAAGAACUCCGAAUCAGCUGUUGAGUGGGAAGAAGCAUUGAAAUCCAAAUGAGAUGAGCGUGGAUGAAUUCCAGAACAAUUGUUACAAAAGGGGGUGCUAGAGCCCCUGGCAGCAAAGGGACUGGGGCUAUUUCUCCUCAGGAACUUGGGCAGAUUCCUGACUGAACCCGUGGGAUGACAGUGUUCGACCUCCUCAUCAGAGGAGUGUGUGCGUGUGUCGGGUGAGGGUAAAGUUUCCCCAGCGUUUAGGAGACCAUUUAAAAAUAGUAAUUAUGGGGAUAACUUCCUUAUGUGGCAAAGAUCCCAGAGGAAAUACUUCUGUUCAUUGCAGUUGAGCCAAAUUUCAGUUGAAACCUGAGUUUUGUACCUUAAAAAAAAGUUUAUAAUGAAAGUAUGAUAGAAAAUCUUUAUAAACAGACUCCCUAACAGCAGUGAGUCUAAUUAAAUGAGUUUCAGGAGCCUUUCCUGUCAGUGUAUGACCACCAGAAUUUGGAAGACCUGUCCCUGGUAGCCAGACUCCAAAGUGAGUUAACGGUUAAGUCCCACAGGGCACGCAGUGGAUGUAGCUGCCUUCCUGGGUGCAGUCUUGGGGUCCAGCUAGUGCACACGUGCUAGUUUUCUACCUGAUGGCCUCACUUGGAGGCCCUAUAAAUUCUUAGGACAAAAAGCUAGUAAUGGAUUAUGAUGAUUUAAAAAUGGAUAGUUGGACUAAAAUAAUAAUAAGGAUGCUAUCAAAGGUAU